UGUGUGGUUUUGGCUCGGGAGAGGCACCCUCUUUUUGCUGCGGCCAACGCCCCGCUUGCAAACCAGCCCCCCCCGGGUCGCCCAGUCCCCCAACAUCGCGGUCGGCCUUCGCCAAGCCAGCCAGGCGGGCGGCCAGAAAGGAGGCGCGCGGGGGGGGGGGAGGACCAGUCCUUCCUACCGAUCUAAACUCUCCCCCCUAAAUCUGCUGUUAGCUGUCGGGGGGGAGGGGCUGUCCUGGAGGGGGCGGAGCGGGGCUCCCCUCUCCCCAGUCUCCCGCCUCCAGGCCGAGGAGGAGGAGCUGCCGCCGCCGCCCUUUGAAGCCAGCCGGGAUGUGAUGUCAGGAGCGGCGAAAGGGAGGGACGGAGAGGAAGGCAGGAGGAGGAGGAGGAGGAGCUGCGGCGGCGGCGGCGUGCAAAACAAGCGGAAGCCGAGACAGCGAAGCGCCUUCCUUCCCUUCUCCUCCCUCUCCUGCGAGGGGGGCGGCAGCGGCGGCCCGGCCGGGGCACAAGGGCAGCGCCUUCUCCGCCUCCCUCCCCCUCUCCGUCCCGCGAUGACGGCGUCGGUGUUCUUCGGCUGCGCCUUCAUCGCCUUCGGGCCAGCUCUGGCCCUUUUCUUGCUCACCGUCGUGGCGGAGCCGCUCCGCAUCAUCAUCCUCAUCGCGGGGGCCUUCUUCUGGCUGGUCUCGCUCCUGUUCUCCUCUCUGGUCUGGUUCAUCGCCGCCAAGGCCAGCGACCCGGCCGACGAGGUGCUGCAGAGGGGUCUCCUCAUCUUCGGCGUGGUCGUCUCCGUGCUCCUGCAAGAGGCUUUCCGCUUCCUCUACUACAAGCUGCUCAGGAAGGCGAUUCAAGGGCUGCUGGCUCUUAGUGACGACGGCUGUUCUCCCAUCUCCAUCCAGCAGAUGGCAUACGUGGCUGGCUUGGGCUUUGGGCUGAUGAGCGGGGCCUUCUCCAUGAUCAACCUGCUGGCUGACGCUCUGGGGCCAGGCACUGUGGGCAUCCAUGGGGACUCUCAGCUCUACUUCCUGACUUCAGCCUUCAUGACCCUGGUGCUCAUCCUGCUGCACACCUUCUGGGGGAUCGUCUUCUUCCACGGUUGUGAGACCCGGCGGUGGUGGGAGGUUGGUGCUGUUGUGCUUACGCACCUCAUCGUCUCUGGCCUAACGUUCUGGAAUCCCUUCUACCUGGGCAGCCUCCUCCCUGCCUACCUGCUCAUGGCAGGUGCCGCUGCCUGGGCCUACGGUGUCUCCGGGGGCUCCAAAGAGAACCUGCGUCACUUUCUUCUGUGCUUGCGGAGCGGGACAGCACCCUCGCCUGGAUCCUGAGCCCCUGUGGAGCUUCACUCUGGCCUGUGUUUUGGAACCACUUGCUGGGGUGUUGGGGGGGCAGGGGGGGAUGUUCUGCUGUGCCUUCAGGAUUGUUUCUGGCCGAAGGAAGGGGCCAAGCCGGUUGGACCUGGGGGUGGAGGAGCAACUGGACCUGUGCCCCAGAAACCACUCUUGGGGAACACGGUUGAAGAACCUCCCAGGCGCCCAUUCUCCAGCCUUCCGGAAUCCUAUUCUUUGGAAGCCAAGUAUGGCGGUGGGUGGCCCCACCCUCCAGGGGGAGGGAUUCGGGGAGUUACUAGCAGACACUGGCUUGGGGUGGCUGAGCGUCUCUUGUGCGCAUAUGCGCAACAGCGGAAAGGGCCAGCCUGGAGUGCCACAUGGGUGGGUGGGUGUCAUUGGCGCAGGAACCGGGGGGGGAAUGUGGCCUUCCCAUCUGGCAUUUGACUGCACAUUGUUCCCAAUAAAGAGAGACUGGACAAGGUCCCCAGCAUGUGA